AUGGGUUUGAAUAUGGCAAUAAAUCUGGAUGUGCAGGAGUUGGUGGUUUUAGGGGAUUCCGAUUUGCACAUUCGACAAGCUCGAGGCGAAUGGGAGACUCGAGACAUUAAACUCAUGUCGUACAAACAAUGUUUAGAAAACCUCAUCAAAAGAUUCAAGUCCAUUGAAUUCAGGUACAUUCCCAGGUUUCACAAUGAGUUAGCUGAUGUUUUGGCCACCCUAGCCUCGAUGCUUCCAUACCCGGGUAAUACCUAUAUUGACCCGUUGGAAAUCCAAGUUAGGGAUCAACAUGGUUAUUGCAAUAUAAUUGAAGUAGAGCCAGACGGUGAGCCCUGGUAUCACGACAUUAAACGGUUUUUAAAAGCUAAAGAAUAUCUAAUACAUGAUGAUAGAGAUAAAAAAAAAACUAUCAGGCGACUCGCCAAUGGGUUCUUCUUGAGUGGCGAUAUCUUAUAUAAAAGGACUCCAGAUUUGAAUCUAUUGUGA